AUGGAUAAGGAAUGGAUACAUUUGCCUUCAAGGCUUGUACCUGAGUAUGAAGAAGGUGUACAAAAAUUUCUUACACAAGCUAAGAAAUAUGCCAAAACACGUGAAGUAAUCUCAUGCCCUUGCAAGCAUUGUAAAAACAAAAAGUAUAUGAAAUUUGACCAAGUGUACGAUCACUUAAUUAUUAAGGGGUUUGAUCCUUCUUACACUAUUUGGGUCUUCCAUGGAGAAACUUAUAACCGACAAUAUCAAAGUGAAGGUAGUUCAGGAGAAAUUCAGAAAGAUGAUGAAAGUAGAGAGGCAUAUCACUUAUAUAAGGAUGCCUUUGUGCCAGAAGAAGAGGUUGGAUACACUAUGUCUGAGGCAAAAGAUAACGACUUUGCUAGUUUAUUAGAAGAUGCAGAAACUCCCCUCUUCCCUGGUUGCACAUCAUACACAAAGUUAUCAGCAGUCGUCACAUUAUACAAUUACAAGUCUACUAAUGGUCACACAGACAAUAGUUUCAAUGAGCUCCUUAAGAUCUUAGGUGACAUGCUUCCAGAAAAAAACACACUUCUAGAAACUGUUUACUCGAUGAGAAAAUUGUUAAAACCAUUUGAUUUAGGAUAUGAGAAGAUUCAUGCUUGCCCAAAUGAUUGUUGUCUAUUUCGAAAGGAGCUUAAAAAUCUAGAUACGUGUCUAAAGUGUGGUUCAUCAAGAUGGAAGGUGGACAAAAUCACCACCAAAGUUUUUAAAGGGGUUCCAGAAAAGGUGCUACGGUAUUUUCCGAUGAUACCAAGAUUUAAAAGGAUGUUUAAAUCAAAAGAAAAAGCUGAAGAGUUGAUUUGGCACUCCAACCACAAAAGUCAAGAUCACAUGAUGCGUCAUCCAGUUGAUUCAGUAGCUUGGGAUACAAUAAAUCACAAAUGGCCAGAUUUUGCAUCAAAUCCUAGAAAUCUACGCCUUGGCCUUGCAACCGAUGGAUUCAACCCUUUUGGCGACCUUAGUUCUAGAUAUAGUUGUUGGCCCGUUAUUUUGGUAAAUUAUAACCUUCCUCCAUUGAUGUGCAUGAUGAAAGAAAAUCUUAUGUUGACAUUACUAAUUCCAGGUCCAAAGCAACCGGGAAAUGAUAUAGAUGUAUACUUGGAACCCCUUAUCGAGGAUUUAAAGGAGUUGUGGGAGACAGGUGUAGAGACGUAUGAUGCAUUCAGCAAGUCAAUGUUCAAUCUAAAGGCUAUUUUGAUGUGGACAAUCAAUGAUUUUCCAGCUUAUGGAAACCUAGCUGGAUGUGCCACAAAAGGGAAACUUGGUUGCCCAAUAUGUGGGGAAGACGUAUGUUCUAUGUGGCUUAAGUAUAGCAGGAAGUUUGCAUAUAUGGGCCACAGAAGAUUUCUUUCUCCUAAUCACCCAUUUCGUCAGAAAAAGAAGUGGUUUAAUGGAAAAAAAGAAAGAAAAGGGAAACCUAGACCUUUGAAUGGGUUAGAAAUUCUCAAUGCAAUGAUAGAUAUUGAAAAGGACUGGGGUAAAAAAAAAAAGGAUGUGAAUGUCAAUACUUCGGGGAAAAAGAGGAAGAAACAAGAUAGUUCAAAAGAAAUGCAAAAAUCUAUUCAACAGUGGAAGAAAAAGUCAAUCUUUUUCAAUUUGCCAUAUUGGAGUGGGCUCCUAUUACGUCAUAACUUAGAUGUGAUGCAUGUUGAAAAGAACGUUUGCGAGAAUAUCAUAGGCACACUAUUAAAUCUAAAGAAAAAAAAUCCAAAGAUGGUGUUGAAGAAAAUAAAGUUACCCGAUGGCUAUAGCUCAAAUAUUGGUAACUGUAUUUCUUUAGAAGAGCGUAAGCUUAAUGGGCUGAAAUCUCAUGAUUGUCAUGUUCUAAUGCAACAAUUGCUAUCAGUAGCAUUGAGAAAUCUUCUACCGAAAGGUCCGCGUAAUGCUAUAUUUCUGCUUGGUUCAUUUUUCAAUGAAUUAUGUCAAAGAGUGUUAGACAGGAAUCGUUUAGAAGCACUAGAGGAGAAUAUUGCUGAAACUUUAUGCAUGUUGGAAAGAUAUUUUCCACCUGCCUUCUUUACCAUCUCGGUUCAUUUGACAAUUCAUUUAGCAAGAGAGGCUCGCUUGUGUGGGCCAGUCCAAUUCCGUUGGAUGUAUCCAUUUGAAAGAUUUAUGAAAACACUAAAAGGGUAUGUGAAGAAUCGAGCAAGGCCAGAAGGUUGCAUAGCUGAGUGUUACCUCACAGAAGAACGAAUGAUAUUUUGUAGCGCUUAUAUAAAAAAGGCUUCUAAUAUUGGUGUUCGUUUAAAUCGGAAUGAUGAUUUGGAUAAUGGAUUAGUGGAGGGUCGUCCAAUUUCUCAAGGAAAAGAAAAGAUUUUAGAAGAUGACAUGCUGCAAAUCGCACAUCGAUAUGUGUUGUUUAAUACUGCAGAAGUUGAACCUUACUUGCAGAUGCACAUCGAGGAGCUUAAACAAACAGAUAGUCGUUUCUCAAGUAAUGAAACAUUGUUACAAAAGCAACAUAUGGAAACAUUUGCUGAAUGGUUAUCAAAACAUGUUCCUUUUAACUCUUCAGGCCGAAUUCAAUGGCUAGCAUAUGGUCCAAGAAAGCAUGUUACAUCUUAUACGGGUUAUAUUAUAAAUGGACAUCAGUUCCACACAAUUGAUGUUGAAAGGUCGACACAAGAUAGUGGAGUUUCGAUUGAAGCCGAUACUGUUUGUCAAUCCAAUGCUAAUGAUUAUUCACAUACAGUAAAAAGACUAUCAUACUAUGGAGUUAUACGGGACAUUAUUUUACUAGACUACUAUUCUUUCAAAGUACCUAUUUUUAGGUGUGAUUGGGCCAAUCAUGGAAAUGGUAUCAAAAUGGAAGAUGGCUUUACACUGGUUAACUUACACCAAGGACUAAAAACUUUUGAAAAUGAUCCUUUCAUUUUAGCAUCACAAGCCAAGCAAGUAUUCUAUUCUAGGGACAAUGAUGAAUUAAAUUGGUAUGUGUUGCUAAAAGCACCGCCUCGAGGUAUUUAUAACAUGAAUGUGGUUGAAGCAGAUGCCUAUACAUCAUCAACGCCUCUUGAUGUGUCCCAACUUGAAAUUAACAUUACCGAGAAAGAACCAUAUGCAAGGAAUGAGUGUGAGGGAAUUGAUGUGACUGAGACAUGA